AGUUACAUAACCAGCUACAUUAUUCCAAGUAGUCCAGCCUUGUCAAUAAUAAUAAUAAUUACAAUUACAAUCAUAGUUAAUGCAGCCAGGCUGAGGCCGGAAUGUUGUGCCGACAGAAACUGGCAAAGCUAAUGGAGGAAGAAUAAGACUCAGUGACGCUGCCCGAACCUGGGACUUUUGAGAUCCCAAGAUGCGUCUGUGCACGCAGUCGUCCUCCUUGGAGAGUUUUGCCCAGUCUCGCAUCUUUCGUCGACGUUCACUCGUCCACCCACGUGGUUUGUCUAGGGCGGGUCGAUCCAGCGCCCUCUUCACUUUGCGGCCAUGAUAGUCUCCUCGCCCACCUCCGCAGCUCUCCAGUCGGGAACCCAUUGCUCUCCUUCACCACGCCCUUCAUGUCCUGUCCGCCCUCAUCAUGAGACCUCCUUUUCUCAGGUCUCUCACGGUAUCAGUCGUCUCUCGUCCAGUGCUCCUGCAGUUCCGCCCCGCGCUGCUGCUUCUGCAGCAGGCCAUCGUGUGUCCGCUCGCUUGCGACUGUCGCAGGGCAUAGAGGAGAUCCGAUCGGCUCUCAAGCGCCAUACAGUUGACGCUCCCUCGCACAAUUCCCCGCCAGGGCCCUCAGGGGAUCGACCUCGCGGUCCGAUGUCCGCUGGGGUGAACACCCUUGGGGGCGGAACUCAUCCUCCGGACGCAUCGCAUCCCCGAGAAAUUCUCACCGCCGACGUUCCCUCAUCUGCCCCAGGCUCAUCACAGAUGCCAUCCGCCAGUGCAGGCGCCAAACGCAGUACCCCGGACGAUGCCACUGUCGCCUCCAGCGCGUCUCGGGCUCAGCAGCCGGCUGCUGAGCUCGAAGGAUCUAAUCCCAAACGGCCGCGGCCAGACAAACCCGCUGUGAAACGCUUGCCACGGCGCUACGAGCUGGCCGAUCCUCGUGAUAUUGUCGUGCUGAUCUCGAGCAUGCUGAUGGAGCUCAUCCGUUUCAACGACAAGAUUCCACUGAACGAGGGUCGACUGACCCGAUUCCAUUCCCGGUCUCCUCCCCGCAUCUCUGUCCAUGACUACCUGCAGCGACUGACGACUCAUGCCACUCUCUCUCCCCCUAUCCUGUUGAGUAUGGUCUACUAUAUCGAUAGACUCUGCGCGCUCUAUCCCGCGUUUACCGUCUCUAGCCUGACCAUCCAUCGGUUUUUGAUUGCUAGCGCGACUGUCGCCAGCAAGGGCUUGAGCGAUAGUUUCUGGACGAACAAGACGUAUGCACGUGUGGGUGGUAUCAGUAUUGCGGAACUGGCGCUCUUAGAGUUGGAGUUCCUAUGGCGCGUGGAAUGGAGGAUCGUCCCACAACCGGAGGUGCUGGUCGAUUAUUACCGAAGUCUUGUUGAGAGAUGCGAUGGGUAUGAAAUCGAAUCGGAAGAAGAAGAUGAACUACGGGACGUAUAACGACCAGAAACCCCUGGCCCGCGGGUAGCUCUGGUUUCUUGGUUCUCUGAAUCGUCGUGGGUCUUUUAACUGCCCAAACAGUGUGGGUUUCUGUACCUUCGGGGCGAGCGUCAUGGGAUACGCCAACUAUAUGUCUUUUCCUAUUCUCAUUUCUUCGCUAUAUUAUCUGGUGGCUAGUCAGCCAUCUAUG